AUGGGUUCACGGAGACGAGGUGUACGGGAAGGAAUUCCUAAUAUUAACUACAAGAGGGAACAGGAAACGUUUAUGGCUACCAUGAACAAUGUGGCUGAAGCAGUGCGUGAGGCUGCGGUAGCAGCGGCUAUGGCUGUUGAACGUCUUGGAGUGAGAAACGGGAAUGAGAAUGAACAUGGAGAAGAUAAUGGGAAUGAUGAGAAUAAUUUGCGGCAUCCUGAAAGACCUAUGACCCUUGCGACCUUUCUAAAGGUUAAACCGCCUAAGUUCAAAGGUACACUCAUUGCAAUCGAUGUUGAUAAUUGGUUUCAGGAUGAAGGCAAUAUUCCUUUGGACACUUUUAACGAUGAAUUUUAUAAGAAGUAUUUUCUGAGGGCAGCUCGUGACACUAAGGAAAUGGAACUUAUGCAAUUGAAACAGGGUAACACAACUGUUGCAGAAUAUGCCCGGAAUCCUGUUGACUUCGAAGAAUGGAAGUGCUUGAAGUUUGAAGAGGGCCUUCGUGAGGAUCUGAUGAGUUCGGUAGUUCCAUUGGAGAUUCAAAAUUUUGCUAAGCUGGUUAAUAAGUGUAAGUUAGUGGAAGAAUGUGCUAAGAAGGUAACUGCAUCUAAAGCAAGUCGUUAA